CGGCGUUGUGCGGGGCCGGGAAACUGUGCCUGCCCCACAUCUCUCCCACCGCUUUCAAACACGCGUGUUCAUUGGCCAUUAUUUCUAGUCGAGGUGGGGCAGAGGUCGAACCGCCCGAAUUUUUUUGGCAGACAGACGGCGCAAAAAUCCGUCGUGUGUAUGCAACACUGGCACCCGACUGGGUUCAUCAGUCUGUGUUCAUCUGUGUUGGUGUUGGGUGUCUGUGCUCAGAAAACAGAAGGAUGGCGGGCGCGAGUAGUACAACAUCCUCGCUCACUUCGACAUCACACACCCUUUCACACGCCCCAGCCAUGGCGCAAUCCGUCGUUCAAUCCGAGAGCGGCUCGGCCACCACGGUCUUUCUCGACUCGACCUUCCCCUCUAACCGACACGCCUUCCUUCAGCCGUCGCCUCUGCUCCCAACAGGGUCCCUCCAGCUAGCGAAAGAGACCCUCGAUGUGCUGGCCGGGCAGGUCGCGGAUCAGCAGCAGCAGAGGUUACGGGAUGCGGGCAAGAAGCGGAAGCGAGAUGGCAACCAGGACAAGAUCGCAGUCUUGAAAAUCAGGAAACUCCACGUUGACGGUUUCGAGACGGGCCAGGUGUGGCAGCAAGCCAAAAAGAUCAUCAGCAGCGCCCUCCAGGAGUCCACCCAGGUCCUCGAGGAACUCGAGGAGAAUGACGAGGUCGUGCAGCGUUCGGGAGAGAACGCUGAGGACAACACGGCUAUCGAAUUCGGCGAGGACGGCUUUGAAGUGGGCUCUGGAGAAGAUGAGUCUGCCAGCGAUGGCGACACUGAGGAGUCGGACGACGACGGCACAAGCCAGGGUGAUGAGGACGAGGAAAUGUUCGACAUGGAGGCUGAGGAGGAUGAAGAGGAAGAGGGUGUCGACGAAGAGGUGGUAGAUGUUGAGGAUGAGGAGGAAGAGGAGGAAGAAGGGGCGGAUGACGACUACGACGAUGAGCCCGAAGAAGAGCUUGUCGAGGACCCAAAUGGACUCAACGACGGUUUCUUCUCGAUAGACGACUUCAACAAGCAAACACAAUGGUUCGAGGAUCAAGACGCACGCGCGGACCCGAACACGGAUCACUUCAGUGACGACGAGUCGGUCGAUUGGCAUGGGGAUCCGUUUUCGGCAAAGAAGCCCCGCAAGAAGGGGGAGAGUGUGGACGGAGAUGAUGAGUCGGAGCUGGAGAUGGAUGAGGAUGAGGAAGAGGAUGAGGCAGAGCCCGCGCUGAGCAAGAAGGACCUAGAAGGUCUGGACGAUGCAAGCGACGAGGAUGACGGGGGAAACCUGGACGAUGAUCUCAACGACAUGGGUCUCGACCUCACCGCCAACGAUAUCUACUACAAAGACUUCUUUGCCCCGCCGAGGAGGAAGAAGAAGCCCGGCAGCUUUAAAAAGCGCCAGACCUUCCCCGAGCCGUCAAGACCGGGCGAAGCCGAUGUCGACCGGGCCGAGAACGACGUCCGUCGCGAUCUCUUUGACGAUCUGUCCGAGAGGUCCGAUUCCGAGGAUGCGCUCUCUGAUGUCUCGGCUGGUGACCCUAGGUCACGCCGCUCGGCUCACGAACGGAGGCAAGCCAAGGUGGCGGCGGAAAUAAGGAAGCUCGAAGGCGAACUCGUUGCCAAGCGGGCCUGGACACUUUCCGGUGAAGCCACUGCCGUCGACCGGCCGGUCAACUCUCUCUUGGAGGAGGACAUGGACUUCGAGCAUGUCGGCAAGCCAGUCCCCGUCAUUACCGAAGAGGUUUCCGAAUCCAUCGAGGAGCUCAUCAAGCGCCGUAUCCUCGCCCAAGAGUUCGACGAGGUGCUCCGCAGACGCCCGGACACGCUCGGUAACCCAAGCGACGCGCGCCGCGGCCUUGUUGACGUGGAUGAUACCAAGGGCAAGCAGAGCCUGGCCGAGAUCUACGAGGAGGAGCACGUCAAGAAGGCGAACCCCGACGCCUACGUCAGCCAGGCUGAUGAGAAGCUGCGCCGUGAUGAGGAGGAGAUCAAGAACAUGUGGAAGGAGGUUAGCGCCAAGCUCGACGCGCUCAGCAGCUGGCACUACAAGCCCAAGCCUGCCGCGCCGACCCUUACUGUUGUUGCUGAUGUCGCAACGGUCGCAAUGGAGGAUGCGCAGCCCACAACCGCCCAGGGCGUGGCCGGCGGCGAGAGCAUGAUCGCGCCGCAGGAAGUGUACGCCCCCGGCAGGGACACCGCCGAGAAGGGUGAGGUGGUGGCCAAGAGCGGGUUGCCGGUAGCCAAGCAGGAGAUGAGUCGGGAGGAGAAGCUACGGAGGCGCCGGCGUGACAAGGAGCGCAUCCGCAAGGCCGGCGGCACCGAUGCGGGCAAACCCACGAGCAAGAAGGCUCAGGCGCAGCGCGAGACGAUGGGUGACUUGAAGAAGGGUGGGGUUAAGGUCAUCAACCGCAAGGGAGAGGUGGUUGGCUUAGACGGGAAGAAGGUGGUGGAGCAGAAGGGGCCGCAAAGUAGCGGCGCGUUUAAGCUGUGAUGUAAUUGCACAAGACAGAUUUUUGUUCUCAGUCG